UAAUGUGGCACCGCCACUUCGGUUUUCACAAGUAAAACAAAACAGUUAUUUAGUAAAUUUUUAAUAUUAGUCAUAUCAGUGCAAUAUAUAAAGAAUAAUUGCCUAAAAAAAAGUGCUCACAGCAUUAGAAACAUCAAUCAAAAGUCAGCAACAGAAAAAAGCUAAAUGCCUAGAUACUUGCAGCUUUGUGUCUUUGAUUUGUGGGUGGGUGUCUCUCCCCAUGUGUGUGUGUGUGUGUGCGUGUGUUGUGCUUGAUUAAUGAAAACAGUUGUGUUCGUGUGGUGUAAAGUGCAGCAGCAGCAAUUAAGCUUAAUUAACUAAUAAAUUGGAUGUGAAAGGCAGCCAGAGUGCAUUUAUAAGUAAAAAAGUCAGAAGAAGUCGUAGCAAGAGUGUAACGAGAUGCCACCGCUGAAAAGCUACUCCAUACAUCAUGAAUUUAAUGCAAAUGCAAAUGCAAAUUGUCACAACGGCAAUGACAACACCACCGAUAACGAUAACGAUUACUUCAAUCAGCCUGCUGCUGCUGCGGCUGCUGCCAGCACACAACGCACAAAUCGGCCCUCGUAUUGCAACGCCCAAUAUCCAUUCAAGGUGUUGGCCAACCUUAAUCAAUUGCGGGAACAAUCACGCUUCUGCGACGUGGAAAUAAUCGCUGGCGAGUCCACAUUCAAUGCACAUCGCGCAGUACUGAGUGCAUCUAGUGCAUAUUUCGAGGCAAUGUUUAGACCUGAACUGGGCCUAAACGAAGUUAAACAGAAAUCGGUGGUGCUGCAUACAAUUGAUGGCGAUAUACUGCACAUACUUUUGGACUUUAUCUACACAGGACGUUGCGAGAUAACGCAGUCCAAUGUGCAGGAACUUCUCGCUGCAGCGGAUAUGCUGCAGUUGAACGAAGUGGUCGAUGGCUGUUGUGAGUUUCUGUGUCGGGAACUGCAUGCCACAAAUGCAUUGGGGAUUUUACGCUUCGCGGAAGCGCACAAUUGCGAGUCACUGGCAAAAAGUGCAAUGAACUUUGUGCAAGCCAAUUUUCCAGCGAUAACUCUGGAGGAUGAAUUUCUGGAAACACCACAGACUUUACUGUCGCAGCUACUGAACUCGGAACUCUUACGUGUUGACUCCGAAUCACAGGUGUUCCAGGCAGCACUGCGUUGGAUCAAGCACGAUGUAACGCAACGUCGAUGCUAUGUUUUCGAUAUACUUUCGCAUGUCCGCAUGGCUCUGGUUCCAGUUAAGGUCAUCGAUAAGGCGCUGAAGGACGAUUGCCGCGACAUGUCUGUGAAAAUAGCGCUACGUUCCAUAUGCCGGGACAUUGCCUCGAAACGUGGUCAGCUGGUGCCUUUGAGGGUCUGCCCUCGACAGCUGGCCAAGAAGAAUAUAUACAUAAUCGGUGGCUCACAUCGCGACACACCGCGCACUUGGAACACUGCAGACUGCACAUUCGAGACGGUGGCCAAGUUUGAUAUAUUCCGACGCGAAUGGACUGAGACCGCGCCCAUGGAGGUAGGCCGCAUUCUGCCGGGAGUUUCGGCAUUGAACGGCAAAAUCUAUGUGGUGGGUGGAGAGCGUGGUUCCCAAAUAUUGGCCAAUGGCGAAGUAUACGAUCCACAAAACGAUAUCUGGCAGCCCAUAGCACCAAUGAUUGUGCCCCGCUGCGAAUUCGGACUGUGCACCAUGGGUGGGAAUCUGUUUGCAGUGGGCGGCUGGAUUGGUGACGACAUCGGUGGCACUAUGGAGUGCUAUGAUCCAGAGAAAGAUCUGUGGAAACUUAUUGGCAGCAUGCCGCAGCCACGUUUCAGCAUGGGCGUCGUCAGUUUCGAGGGUCUAAUCUACAUAGUCGGUGGCUGCACCACAACAACUCGCCACUUGCCAGAUUUGAUUAGUUACAACCCUGUGACCAAGGAAUGGACGCAAUUGGCGCGUAUGCAAACGGCACGUUGUCAAAUGGGCGUCGCUGUGUUGGAUCGUUAUCUAUAUGUUGUGGGUGGCAGCAGCAUUAGCCAGGAUACACUCAGCUCCGUUGAGCGCUAUAACUUUGACGAUGACAAAUGGUCAACGGUCUGUGCCCUGAACGUUCCACGCGCAAUUCCUGCUGUUGCCGCUGCCGAUGGUCUGCUCUAUGUAGCUGGCGGGGAUCAGCCUUGUGAGGUGAACUUCUACCGCGCCCAAGUUACCAUCAGUGCUGUCGAAUGCUAUGACCCCCUGUCGGAUACUUGGAAGAAUUGUCCCGAUUUGCCCGUCAGCCGUUCCGAGGCAGGUGCUGUAGUUGUCUAGGGACAAUACACCUGCCUGAAAAUCCAACAACUCUCUCACGUCCUACAAAACUUGUUUUAAGCACUUUCAAUAUACAAUCAACAAACAAACUGAAACACCCACUUCAUACACGAUUUAUAUUAUGUGUAUUGCAUUGUAUACGUUAGACACAUCUCACUCUAUCCCUAUCAAUGUUGAAAGUAGUGCUCUCCAAAACUAAAGCUAGACGCUUUAUUAAGGUUAACGUUUUCGAAUUGUAGCUCAGCUAAUUCAUCCCAGUUUAGUAUUAGUAUUAUCUAGUAGUUAGUCAGGAAUGAAAUAACAGCAAAAGCCAGCUUCUGAUUGUUCCCUAGUUAAAGAUACCCAAUAAAAGAGAAAAAUAAAAAUAUGAGAAAUUAAAUUCACAGGCAAAAGUGUAUAUCGACGUAUCGUAAUUGCUGAAAAUUGUUCAACUCGAGCCUAUUAAUUGUUUAUGGUUUAAUCAAUUUAUCAUUAAAAACAAAUGAAGUAAAAAUCAAAGAUCGUCAGCAUUGUUGGCACGUUCUUAAAAAGGGCGUUCCCGAAAAAUAAAAUUGUAACUGUAUGAGAAUUAAAUGUACCAAAAAACACAUUCAACAAACAUUCAAAAAGAAACAAACUGUAUUAAUAAUAGAUGUAUUUACGAAUAAUAAAUGUAUGAUGCAAAUUAAC